CCAUGUUCAUGCCUGGCACCAUGGUCUCUCUCAGCUUCUUCCUCAUCGGUUCUGUCCUCAACCUCGUUUCUCUUGGAUCCCCCACCAAUCAAUCUCGCGCCUCAAAUGGCUUCUCCCAGCAAUGCACUUCCGUAGCCACCAAACUCCACAUUCCGCAGGCAAAUAUCUCAUUCACCGAGUUCGUCGCUGCCAACACGACGUUACAAUUUCCCAACGCCGACCCAUCAUGCACUCGUCCCUCACAAGCAGUCUCAGCCAACAUCUGCCGCGUCGGCUUGAGCGUCAAAACCUCGGCUACCUCUGGCAUCAGAAUGGAAGUCUGGCUUCCCCAGAACUGGACUGGUCGCUUCUUGAGCACCGGGAAUGGGGGCCUUGGUGGGUGUAUCCAGUACGAGGAUCUUGACUAUGCAGCGUCACUGGGUUUCGCAUCUGUGGGCACGAAUAAUGGACACGAGGGGAUGACGGGCGAGUCGUUUCUCAACAACACUGGUGUGAUUGAGGACUUUGCGUACCGUGCUGUGCACACUGGUGUGGUCGUUGGGAAGCAAGUGAGCGACACCUUUUAUGGCAAAACACACUCGAAGAGCUACUAUCUAGGCUGUUCCACGGGCGGAAGACAAGGUUUCAAAGCCGUUCAAUCGUUCCCCAACGACUUUGACGGCGUCGUCGCUGGCGCGCCUGCAUUCUCCUUCAACAAUCUUACCUCCUGGAGUUCCGGAUUCUUACCUCUUACCGGGAGUCCAGAGUCUGCGACCUUUGUUCCUCUCGAAAUGUGGCCCAUCAUUCAUCAGGACGUGCUGGCGCAAUGCGACAUGCUCGACGGCGCGGCAGACGGUAUCCUCGAAUCGCCCGAUCUGUGUCAUUACGACCCGGCCGGCCUUCUCUGCACAUCGGGUCGAAACACGACAUGUCUUACCGCAGCUCAGGUACAGACAGUCCGCAGGUCUUACGCGCCUCUCCUCGACGCCGACGGCAGUCUGAUCUACCCACGCCUACAGCCCGGUGCCGAGGGCACAGAGGCGCCUUUCACGCUGUUCACUGGCCGCGUAUUCGGCGCCUCGGAUUGGUUCAAACAUGCCGUCCUCAAAAACCCUUCGUGGGAUCCUAGCACCCUCUCUCUAGCCGACAUGCAUCUUUCUGCGCAUCUCAACCUAGCCGACAUCGAAACGUGGAACGGCGACCUCUCGGCGUUCAAAGCAACAGGCGGGAAACUACUGCAUUACCACGGUCUCGUAGACGGCGUCAUCACGAGUGAAAACUCGCCGCGGUACUAUGAACAUGUUUCCAAGACGAUGCAGCAGGCGCCUGCUCAGCUAGACGACUUCUACCGCUUCUUCCGUAUCUCGGGUAUGGCGCACUGCGAUGGUGGACCGGGCGCGAGUCGUAUUGGGAAUCAAGCUAGGAACGCGGCGGGCUUGGAUCCGGAGGAGAAUGUUCUCAUGGCGAUGGUAAGGUGGGUGGAGGAGGGUGUUGCGCCAGAAGUCGUUGUGGGGACUAGGUUCAAGAAUGGGACGACGGCUGGGAGUGGUGUGGAUUAUAAGAGGAGGCAUUCUACACCAACACCGACACAUAACAUAGCAAUAUCAGCUACCCGUACCGCGCCCGCACCGCCAGUCUCCCGCGCCGGCCCACUAAUAGUGGGACUCGCACUCGCAGUAGCCGUAGGUAUGACCGUAGCCUCCGUAGCUUCCGCACCCAACUUCUCCAACCCUGCCAACCAACUCGAACGCGUCGAUUUCCUUAUCCCCCAGGCCCCAUCCCUGCAUUUCUCUGACGAAAACGCUGCGCCCCAUAGCGAAACCGUGCACGUGUUUGCUGCUACGUCAAUGUAUUCUGUCGCCCUGCUACCUGGUCCUGAACAGUCCACAUCGUACGUCGUCUGCCACCAGUCGGGUUUCGCCAUCCGCGCGGAGAUGUAGUCGGGCGCAAAGGUAAACGUGAAGGAGUUUGAGUUGUUUGCGACGUGGUACUUGCUAGAUAGGUCGCCGCUGUCCUGGUCGAAUUGCGCGUGUAUGGUUGUUUUGUUUUGGUCAAUGUUUACGAGGGAGCCGCGGAAGCCAAAGGGGUGCUCGGUUGCGCGGCCGAUGCUGUCUUCGCCGAGUAGCCAGUCUCUGAAUUCCAUGGUGGUUGUGAAGUCGGCGGCUGCUAGGGCUGUGAGAGAGGCGAUGAGGAGUGGUCGCCACAUGGUGGUGGUUGGAUGGUGCGUGAUAAGGCGAGUUCAAGCGUAUAGCGCGAAUACGAGGGAUGGAUAUCCGGGGUAGAUGUCUAUGCAGAGUUUAUAGCCAUGGGAUAUAGUGGUGAUGAAUCAAAACACAUGGUAGAGGCAGCACAUUUUUAUGUCUCGGAAAAGGCUCGGCAGAAACGGAC